AUGUCUCGAGGACGCGGCAGGGGAAAUGGCGGCAGGCGCGAAAUGAGCGGGCUGCACACUGAGCUCAUGCGCAGCACAAAGUUUGGCAAGACUGAUUCAACAGCCGCCCAGCCGCUGUUCCCCGAAUACGAGUUCCAGCCGAACAGAGCACCCAGCAAGGAGGAGGCCAACGUUGCACGGCUCAUGGAGGAAUUUCAGCAGGAGGUCAGGUCAUCGGUGUUCUACCUCAAGCCGCCACUAUCGCCGCCGGAUGUCGAGCGGUACUCUGACAGGUACCUCAAGGCUGACGAGGCGCCGAAAUCGCUGAAGGAGCUUAAGACAGACAUAAAUCUGUUUCCUGAGGAGCUGCACUCGGUGCUGCUAAAGAAGCGCACAAAGAAGGCCAGGGCCGCUGUUGAUGACAAUGCGAGUGUUAUGGCGGCGCUCAGGAAUGCCAAGGACGACGAUUCAGAUUCGGACAAGAGCGGUAAGGAGGAUGACGAGGAGCUUGAGCUGGAGGGAGAGGAGGAGGAGGAUGAGGAGGAAGGGAAUGAUUACAUGGACUCUUACUUUGAUAACGGUGAGGAGGACGAUGGUGGCGACAUUGAUGAUGAUGACGGCGGAGGCGAUUAUUAA